AUGUACCCCAAGGAGGGAUGUCACCAGGGCACGUCGAAUGCCAAGGCCAACGCUGGUAUUGAGGCAGCCGAAGAGCGGCUGAGUGCAAUUGACUCUCAACUGCUAAAGCUGGAAGAGCAGCAGAAGGGCAGUUUAUGGUUUCUACUCUUCUCCGAAAUGCAGGCUCUGUGGAUCUCUGCAGUCUCCACAGCUGUGAUGCCGAUGGAUCCUGGCACCACGGACCAGAGCGACGCCGCGGAUCGCGAGGACAACGGCGCGCCUUCGCGGAAGGCGCUGAAGCGCAAGGCCCGCGCCGAGCAACGGGCUGAAUGGAAGGCCGCACAGAAGGCCAAGAAGAAGCGUGGAAGUCAUCGCCCCAAAGGCCCCGCUCUGACGCCAUUGGAUCCCAAUGCCAGUGAAGCUGAGAUCAAGGCUGCCCGAGCGGCCCGAAAGACAGCGGAGCUGGAGGAUUUUCGCGCACGCGCAGCGAAAGGGGCCACCGUGGUGGUGGAUUUAGAGUGGGAAGAGAUGAUGCAACCAAAGGAACUGAAAAGUUUGAUUCAACAGCUGCUAUACUGCUAUGGCGCCAACCGACGGGCCCAGCAACCGGUGCAGCUUUGCUUCUCCGGAGUGGAGGAAGGCAGCAAAACCCACGAGGGGCUCAGCAAGCAGUCCGGAUACGAGUCAUGGGAGGUGAAAAAGUUGACCACCAAGUACAUUGAAGCUUUUCCCAAGGAGAAGUUGAUCUAUCUCACUGCAGAUGCUGAAGAAAAGCUUGAAAGCUUUGAACCGGAGAUGGUCUAUGUCAUUGGUGGAAUUGUAGAUCGAAAUCGCCAUAAAGGCUGCACCAUAGCGAAAGCUCGCGAGCAGGGCAUCCGAUCUGCACAUUUACCGUUGGCCGAUUACAUUGACAUGGGCAACUACAGCCGAGUGCUCACGGUGAACCAUGUCCUGAACAUGAUCUUGGACCAUCAGCUCAGUCGCGACUGGCGGGGCACCUGUGAACGUUGCGUUCCUGGACGAAAGAUGCUCCAUCCGGAGGAAGCAGACGUGGAAUCUGCCGGCGAACGUGAAGAUGCUGCGGCAAAGACAUCUCCCAACUGCAUCAGCCGGCUAGACCUGAGCGAUUGUGGACUUCAUGCCACUGCUCUUGAUCUUCUCCAAAAGGUUGUCUUGGACCUCGAACAUCGAGGCGAUGGCUGUGCUAUUGAAGAGUUGGUCCUGGAUGGCAACGACCUGGGCGACGCCGGCACUGUGGCGCUGGCGUCCCUGCUACGGCUGUCGUCCAAAGUCCUGGUCUUGCGCCUUCGCAACAUUGGCAUCACUGAUGGAGGAUUUUCACAGAUCAUUUCGGCGAUGGUGUCCAACAAGAGUUUAGCUCUUCUGGACCUUCGUGGAAAUGGCCUCUGUACGCUUGAGAAUAGCAAGAUCGCUGUUGAUGGCCUUCGUCGCUUCAACCGGGUGGCCCAAGUGUUGUUGGAGUAG